AGUUGAAAAUCCUGUUUCAGUUGAUUCUUCCGUAGAGGAUUUACUUGAAGAAUUAGUGUUAGGUUCGAGGGGUAUGAUAUUUUGGGCUGUGAUAAAAGGAAUACUAGCUCGAGAACAUGGUGAGCAAGAGCGAGAAGAACGAGUAUAUGGCAAGCAAAUGCGAGAGUGGGCUAAUUUAUUACGUUUUUUAUCAUUUAAAAAAUUUUCAUAA